AACUUUAGUGUGCAGAAAGGGAUGGAAAAAACACAAAGACAAAGGGAUCAGUCAAAAGCUGAGGCUGUUAGAUCAGGAACAACCAUCAGACCAUCCAGAGAGAAGCAAGUUUGUUACAUCAGCUGUAGUAGUGGAAUACCCGUCAUGUUAUUGGCACUGAGUGUUUUGCUGCUAAUACUCCCUGAGUCUCUCUCUGUUCCAGUCAGAGGUCACUGCACUACAGGCAAAAACAAACUGCUACUAAUCAGCUUUGAUGGGUUCAGGUGGGACUACGACCGAGAUGUGGACACUCCAAACCUGGACAAAAUGGCUGAGGAAGGAGUCAAGGCAGCAUAUGUCACUCCACCUUUCCUGACCAUCACCAGUCCUACACACUUCACCCUGUUAUCUGGAAGGUACAUUGAGAACCAUGGUGUGAUUCAUAACAAUUGGUUCAACACAACCACACAAGAGAAGAAACAAUACUACAUGACACAGUUUGUGGAUGAAUACUGGGAUAAUGGCAGUCUACCCAUUUGGAUCACUGCUCAAAGACAGGGUAAAAAAACAGGAUCCUUACAUUUCCCUGGCACUGCUGCCACUUACGAGAAAGAAACAAUCCAAGUGAAGGAGGUCGAACCAAGGUUUUAUGACCACACCAAUGAGACGGCAUGGAGGGAGAAAGUGGACAAGGUCAUGAAGGAAUGGUUUAAAGAUCAAGACUUAGAUUUUGUCACUUUGUAUUUUGGCGACCCAGAUGAAACUGGCCACAAGUAUGGGCCUGAUUCACCUGAGGUCCGCAUGGCAGUCAAGAAAGUUGACCGAACUGUGGGCUACAUAAGGGAAACUGCUGAGAAACACGGACUCAGUGACCAUCUGAAUAUUAUCAUCACAGCUGACCAUGGAAUGAGCACUGUCUUUAAAGGAGAGCAAGUAAAAGAGAUAAUACUCACCGACAUCCCAGGAUUCUCCUUGAAAGAUUUGAAAUUCCACAUGGUGGACUACGGACCUUUUGGGCUGCUGUUACCCAAAGAAGGGAUGCUUGAAAAGGUUUAUCAAGCCUUGAAAGGAGGUCAUCCAAACCUUCACGUUUACAAGAAAGAGGACAUGCCUGCUCGACUACAUUACUCCAAACAUCCACGUAUCCUACCCAUCGUUCUCUACGCAGACCCAGGAUAUGUCAUCAAUGGGUUCUACACAUUCCAGACCAAUAAAGGGGAACAUGGCUAUGACAAUGAGGUCAUGGACAUGAAGCCUUUCUUCAGGGCAGUAGGACCAGAUUUCCACAGAAACUUGUUGGUUGGACCAUUUGAGACUGUCAACGUUUACCCUCUAAUGUGCCACUUACUAGGGAUAAAGCCAGAAAUCAAUGACGGGUCACUGGAUAACACCCAACACAUGCUGAUAUCCAACGGAGAGUCAUGCGAUUCUGGAGGCGAAUCUGGAGAGGUCCCCAAGUCAAUUCUUCAUAACGUGUUUGUUGGUCUUGCUGCUGUGGCUGGAUUUUUAUUGGUUGUGUUUGUUGUUGUUACAUCCUACAACAUGUAUAAAAGAUUGAAAGUGAAUAAGAGAGCGAAAGUCAUGGAUGAUGAGGAUGAGAUAAAAGCUGACUCCAAGCAAACAUCGUUCUAAGAGGGACAUUUACUUAUUCUUGAAUUGCUUGUCAUUUAAUACUACAAGGGGUUAAAAAAAUCUGAGACCACAUUGAGACAAGAUUUAGGGCUUUUUUCCCUACUUAAAACCUGGACAUAAAAUAGAUAAAUAAAGUAAGCAAGUAAGUUCAAGAGAAAAAAAAAUGUUUUAAGUAUUUUUUCAUAUUUUCAUAUUUAAGUAUUCAUGUCAAGGCAUCUUGAGUACAAGUGUCAUCAAAAAUAAAGAGGAACAGACUGUACAGUACUACGAUAUUUAAAAGUUCAUGUACAUUUUUCAAUUAACCCUUCAUUCAUAUUGUUAUGCUGAUGAAAUGUUCCAUUAAAUUAGAAAUGCUGAAAAUAUCAUUUGUCAUUUUAAAAAGUUGUUUUAAAUUGUUUAAAAGCAAACUGCAAAAUAGAAGCAUUUUGACUGGU